GUGGGUCUCUUGUUUGAUAAUGGAGGAACAGUGUUUUUCAGUGCCUUCAUGUCUCUGUGGGCCGUCACCUUCCUGGAGUUCUGGAAGAGAACCUGUUCAAGCCUGUCUCACCGCUGGGACUGCUCCGAAUUCCAGGACAUCGAGGAGCGACCUCGCCCGGAGUUCACGGCCAUGGCACCGAUGACGAUCAGGAACCCGGUGACGGGAGCGGAGGAACCCUACUUUCCUAAAAAUAAACGAAUCAACCGAACGCUGACUGGCUUCAUGGCCAUCAUCAUCAUGGUUGCUGUUGUGCUGUUGUUUCUGAUCGCCAUCAUCCUGUAUCGCACCAUCCUGUCCAUCGUUAUCGACAAGUCGGACACCCCUUUAACCGGCUUUGCCUCUAGGAUAGCCAGUAUCACAGGAUCCGUGUUGAACCUGUUGGUGAUCCUCAUGUUGUCCAAAGUUUACACCUCGCUGGCUCACAUCCUCACGCGCUGGGAGAUGCACCGGACUCAGUCUAAAUAUGAAGACAUGUACAUCCUCAAAGUGUUCAUCUUCCAGUUCAUCAACUUCUACUCGUCCCCGGUUUACAUCGCCUUCUUCAAAGGCAGGUUUGUUGGUUAUCCUGGAAAUUACAACACUCUGCUAGGAAUUCGCAACGAAGAUUGUGGAGCCGGGGGAUGCCUCAUUGAAUUGGCUCAGGAGCUGCUGAUCAUCAUGGUGGGAAAACAGCUGAUCAACAACAUCCAGGAGUUCCUCUUACCGAAGCUGAAGUCGUGGUGGCAGAAGAGGAACAGAAGUCCUCGGCUGAAGGAGCAGAAGGGGGAGAAAGACGAGGAAGGGAAGGGGGAGAAAGACGAGGAGCAGAAGGGGGAGAAAGACGAGGAAGGGAAGGGGGAUGAAGAGGAGGAGGUUUGUCCCUGGGAGGCAGAUUACCAGCUGCUGGUCUGCGAGGGACUCUUCAGCGAAUACCUGGAGAUGGUGAUCCAGUUUGGUUUCAUCACCAUCUUCGUGGCGGCGUUUCCUCUCGCCCCUUUCUUCGCUCUCAUCAAUAACUGGGUGGAGAUCCGCCUGGAUGCUCAGAAGUUUGUGACUGAAUAUCGCCGCCCGGUGGGGGAGCGAGUGCAGGACAUCGGCAUCUGGCUACCCAUCCUGCAGCUCAUCACGCACGUGGCCGUUUUCAGCAACGCUUUCCUCAUCGCCUUCACCUCGUCCUUCCUGCCUCGCCUGUACUACCGCAACACCAGAGACAGCAAUCUCAACGGCUUCAUCAACUUCACUCUGGCAACAUCACCAAGCAACUUCAGCCAGCAACACACACGGUGCAGGUAUCUGGAUUUGAGGGACGAAGAAGGACACUACCUCCCUGAGUACUAUCACCUCCUCGCCAUACGACUCGCCUUCGUCAUCGUGUUUGAGCACGUGGUGUUCUUCAUCGGCCGAAUGAUCGACCUGAUAGUUCCCGAUGUCCCAGAGGAUGUGGAGAUCAAGAUCAAGAGAGAGCAUUACCUGGCUAAAGAAGCGCUGGCUGAGAACCAGGUUCAGAAAACCUGCUUCAGUCCUGCUGUGGCGACCGGGGGUUCGACUCCGGCCUGAGGGCCUUCCAAACCCUCUCAUCCCCUUCAAAUCUGUCUGUCCUGUAUCCAAUGUUUUGCUCACUGCAUAAGAGAAUGAUUUGACCUCUAUUUUAUUGUCUUGUUGUUUGGAAAGUAUUUGGUCCCAUUAGUCCAAUGCACAUAUCUUGAUAGAGAUCAUUUAUGUUCAGCGCUCCUUCUGAUUGGAAUACCUUACCACCAAACAUACAAUGCUUUUAUUCUUAUUUAGCUGAGAAUUGUACAUGCUUUUGAUGAAUCAGCACAUACAAAACACUAGGUUUGUAUUUAUUGUAUUGCUUGAACUCUUCAUGGACUCUCUGUGGACACACACUUAGACCAUUGUUGUGUUGUGAUUGUCGUAGUCUGUUGGUUGUAUUGUGACUUGAUUUAGUUUUGUUUGUUUUUUUACUGUCUUGCUGUUACAAGCCCCUUGAAGACAAGAGGGUUCAUCUCAAGGGGUUGAUCUGAAAUAAAUACAUUUCAGUUCAUUUCUUAAAGCCAUGAUAUUAGUACUCGAGAAAUUGUUCAAAACAUGUUUCCCUGCAUUAAUUAAAUAUGUAAAUGUUUUUAUUUGAACCUUUUAUUUGAACCUGUGUGAAAGGUGGGGUAGGUAAUUCACUUCAGAAACACUUGUUGUUAUAUUGCAUGGAAUGCUCUUAACAUCCCGAUAGCAAUGAACAUCUGAAGUGCUUUGACAACAAAUCCAUAACAAAAUCUCAUCUGUGGAAGCCGUAAAAAGCACGACCAAUCAUCUGAGCCGGCUAAAGUAACUGGAUGGCCUACCUGCCUGUCAGCCUUCCAUCUGUGCACAAACUUAUCUUGUGCCCUCAUUGGUCAUGUGCGUGUUCGUGUGUGUUGGAGGAGGGGCUCUGUAAGGAAGUGGCAGAUUUUUUUCUGGUUGUGUAUUUUCAGAUUCUAGCCACUCGAGCUGGUUUCUCCAAAGUUACCUACCCCACCUUUAACAUAAGAUUCAAUAGUUUUGAUUAAUUAUGGUAUUCCUUUAAGAAAAUACAAAUACAUAAUCCAGCAUUUAUGAGAAUAAUAUAAUGAAAUAUACAGGUUUAGAUGUUUUAUUUAUGAAAAUUAUGCAAUCCAAUCAUUAUGGAGACUCAAAAUGUCAAUCAACAAAUGUAUAGAGAACAUAGUUAAGAGGAUUAAUACCUUUAUAAAAAUCUUUCUGUGAAUAAGAAUACAAAUGUGUCAUUGGUUUUGCUGUUUACAACAGUAGGCCUAUUUAAAAUAAAUAAAUGGGCAAACAAUCACAUUUGUGGAAAGAGACAUUUAUUUAUAAUUUGAAGGUGAUGGGAUGGAGAAGAUAUUUAUAUUUUUUCUUGUGCGGUUAAUUUAUUCUAUGGGAAUAUUUAACAUCCACUAGAAUACAAUAGAUGGACUGGGUGUUUCUCAAUGUCGAGGAAGGAUCCUCCAGAGCCACUAUUUCAAGGAUGCUAUGUCAUCGAAUCCCGUCGAAGGACUGUUCCAAUGUCCAGGAUCAGGGACGUGCACAGACAUUUGGAGGGGCUAUUGCUCUAAACUGGAAAAAGGGCCUGCCCCCCGAUAAAAAACACAAGACAUUUUGAAAAUUGUAACUUGUUUUUAAUGUAAAAGAAACCAAACGAUUAUUACAUCAACUAAAUUGAACAGUAAUUCACAUCUCAUAACAAAAUAAGCUAAGGCGACUACUUGCAUUCGUGCAUUUGUCCCUUAUACCCUAACUGCCAUGAGACAACUCAAAAUCAAGUUUCCAAAAUCUGACACUGAGGCGGUCUUAACGCAGAGGCAGAUGACAGCGCUGACAAAGUGUGUUUCCCGCAGCGAGACGCUACAAUACUGAUUGUGGGCUUAUCAUGUUGAUUCGGCCACAACAGAAAAAAGAAAAACAAACUCUUGCUCUCUUCAGAGGGGCGGGUCAGCCAAGAAGGCCAAACGGGCCGUUGCCCGGGCAACAUUAGCCCGUACCUGUGCACGUCCCUGUCCAGGAUCCUUGGAAUUCUACCGAGGACUGAAUCCUUCGUUGCAAGACAUUUCGAGGAUGCACCAGUGUAUAUAUUUUAUUUUAAAUACCUGCUUUGUCUGUGUACCACUAAUGAAUGGUUUUGUGUGAAUAUGUUGUAAUGUUCCUUUUUUUUCUUGAAUAAAGUAAAAAAACAAAAA